AUGAAGAAACUUAUGUGGUGGGCUGCUUGGUGUACUUAUGAAGAAGAUUUUAAGGACCAAUUGAAUGCUCUUGGUGUAUUAUCAGAGGAAGCUGCUAAAGAUUUGGUCAAGUUUCCACCACAAAAAUGGUGCAGAACAUAUUUUGAUACUGUGUGCAAAAGUCAGAUGGUAGAUAAUAAUUUCACUGAAUCCUUCAACUCUUGGAUCUUGGCACCUAGAGGCAAGCCUAUCUUGAAGAUGCUUGAAGAGAUUAGAGUCAAAAUAAUGAACAGGUUGAGAAAGAAGGAAAAAGAGGCAGAAACAUGGAACAUUCAUUACAAACACAGUCCUAAGUGUAUGGAAUUGUUCAUUGCCUACAGUAAGAUUGCCAACUUUUGCAAGCUUGAGUUUAAUGGGGACCUUGGGUUUGAAGUGUCUGAGGGUGAAGAUAGGCACAUAGUGAAUAUUGUGGAGAAGAAGUGCAGUUGCAGGUCUUGGCAGUUGACUGGCAUCCCAUGUCCUCAUGCCAUCAAGGCAUUGCGCUACAAAAAUAUUGAGCCUCGAGAUGAAAUAAGUUGGUGGUACACUAAAGAAGCCUAUCUUAAAACAUACGGGGCCAAGUUGUUGCCUAUGAGAGGUGAACAAUUCUGGCAAGUAUUGCCAGAACAAGCCAUGGACCCACCUGAUCUUGUGAAAACUGUUGGAAGGCCAAAGUUUAAAAGAGAUAGAGAAAAAAAUGCAGCAAUCAAAAGAGCUGGAGAGUGGUCUCACUCAAGAAAAUGA